GCAAACUUUCUCGACUUUUUUUUUUAAUUAUCCAUUCUACCUAUUUUAUGAAGGAUCGAAUACAAAAAUGAAGUUUGCGAAGCAAAUUCAAACCGCUGCUUCCGAUCUUCCCGAAGACUGGCGACCUCAUUUAAUCCAAUACAAAACGUUGAAGAAAUCGAUUCGUUCCGUGGUAGACGAGCUCGAAUCAAGGGGGUUAACUUCCCACUUGUUGACAAUACAAAACGACAAGAAUCCCAUCGACGAAAGAAUUCAAUUGGCAUACACUUUUGAUGGAGACGACAAGGAUCCUCAUCCCGUUAUCAAAGUGACCAUCAAAGAUCCUCAGUCAAUUUGCACAGCGCGUCAAUCGAUUGCGUAUCUCGAGCACAUUUUGGAGGACAUGAGUGUCCACCAAGAUGAGACCAGUCAACCGCUACUAUUCACGAUCGAACUUGUGAAAGAUUCUGAGUUUUUCCAGCUGCUGCUAGACGAGCUGCAACAUGUCGCUCACUUGCAUGAUGUGGAACAACGGCGAUUCACGGAAAAUGUGAAUGACUUGGAACAACGUUUAACCUUGGCAGCAUCGCCGUACAAAAAGGAUUUGUAUGUGUGGCGAGAGAUUUUCCAGCUGUAUAUGGAAGCCUCCAUUUUUGAAACCAACCAUGGAUGUCACGUUAUAUCGUAUGAAAAGAGCAAAGAACGGUUCCAAUGGUUAGGACAAGAGCUUAUUCGACAGAAAUUGACGAAAAAGCUUUCCUCAAAACAAUCUCGCCUUGCAUUGGCCCAAUUUAUGGCGCUUAAUGCAAAACUGGUCGAUUUCAAGUACUUUCAAUCGUUGAACCAGAUGGCCAUGACGAAAAUAUUGAAGAAGCAUGAUAAGCGGAGCGGUCUUUGUGCCAAGUCAGAAUUUCCUUAUCUCGCCAAAGUCAAUGCUUUGUUUGUGCGAGGGAUCGUGCUGUCGCUCUAUAACGGAAUCCAAUCGAAAAUCAUCACCAUUGUACCACAACCGGAUGAUUAUGGGUGCCCCGUUUGUCUAGCCAUUGCUUGGCGACCGAUUCGGCUUGUAUGCGGGCAUGUAUUCUGCGUCCGAUGUCUCAUCAAGGCCCACCGGAAACGGUUGUUGAACUGCCCUAUCUGUCGACAGGAACAUGCAGUAGGCAACGCCGACGCAAACAACCUCGAUCAAAGCUUGCAGAAUUUCAUGCUUCUCUACUUUCCUCGGGAAAUCAAGGAAAAACGACGAGAAAAUGAACGUGAGCACAUGACUUUGCAUAUCUCACCCGGCAUCCAUGUUACAUCUACACGCCCCGUUCGGCAAUCCACUCAAGUGAAUGAUUGUCAUCAUCGUAAUUGUACCCUUAUGUAAUAUAUACCCCGCUUCCCAUCCUAUUUCCAUUAUUUAUUUAUUUUUUUCCCAUACGCAUAAUAUAAAUAUCGUAUCAAUCGAG